AUGAUCGCCUCCCACCUGCUCGCCUAUUUCUUCACCGAGCUCAACCAUGACCAGGCGCAGAAGAUUGACAAAUAUCUCUACCACAUGCGGCUGUCUGAGGAGACCCUUCAGGAGGUGUCCCAGCGCUUCCGGAAGGAGAUGGAGAAGGGCCUGGAAGCGGACACCAACCCCACCGCCUCGGUGAAAAUGCUGCCCACCUUUGUGAGGUCCACCCCGGAUGGGACAGAGAAUGGCGACUUCUUGGCCCUGGACCUGGGCGGCACCAACUUCCGUGUGCUGCACGUGCGGGUGUCCGACAACGGGCUGCAGAAGGUGGAGAUGGAGAACCAGAUCUACGCCAUCCCCGAGGAGCUCAUGCGGGGCAGCGGCACGCAGCUCUUCGACCACAUUGCCGAGUGCCUGGCCAACUUCAUGGACAGGCUGAACAUCAAGGAGAAGAAGCUGCCCCUGGGCUUCACCUUCUCGUUCCCCUGCCGCCAGACCAAGCUGGACGAGAGCAUCCUCGCAACGUGGACGAAGGGCUUCAAGUGCAGCGGUGUGGAGGGGAAAGACGUAGUCUCCAUGCUGCGCAAGGCCAUCAAGAAGCGAGGGGACUUUGACAUAGAUAUCGUCGCUGUAGUGAACGACACGGUUGGGACCAUGAUGACCUGUGGUUAUGAUGAUCAUAACUGCGAGAUUGGCCUCAUCGUGGGUACCGGUACCAAUGCCUGCUACAUGGAGGAGAUGAGACACAUCGACCUGGUAGAAGGGGACGAAGGCCGCAUGUGCAUCAACAUGGAGUGGGGGGCCUUCGGCGACGACGGCGCGCUSAACGACAUCAGGACCGAGUUCGACCGCGAGAUAGACAUGGGCUCGCUCAACCCUGGCAAGCAGCUGUUUGAGAAGAUGAUCAGCGGUAUGUACAUGGGCGAGCUGGUCCGGCUCAUCCUGGUGAAGAUGGCCAAGGAAGGGCUCCUGUUCGGUGGGAGACUCACGCCGGAUCUGCUCACUACUGGCCACUUCGAGACUAGAUUCGUCUCUGCCAUUGAGAAGGAGAAAGAAGGGCUGUUCAAAGCCCAUGAGAUCCUCACCAAGCUGGGCUUAGAGCCAUCUCACGAAGACUGCGUGGCCACCCACCGCAUCUGCCAGAUCGUGUCCACCCGCUCGGCCAACCUGUGCGGGGCCACCUUGGCUGCCGUGCUGCGGCGCAUUAAGGAGAACAAGGGGCUGGACCGGCUCCGCUCCACCGUCGGCGUGGAUGGCUCUGUCUACAAGAAGCAUCCACACUUUGCCCGGCGCCUCCACAAGACGGUGCGGAAGCUGCUGCCUGACUGUGACAUCCGCUUCGUGCGCUCCGAGGACGGGAGCGGCAAAGGGGCGGCCAUGGUCACCGCCGUGGCCUACCGGCUGGCCGCCCAGCACAAGGCCCGCCAGAAGACCUUGGAAGCCCUCAAGCUGAGCCACGAGCAGCUCCUGGAGGUGAAGCAGAGGAUGAGGCUGGAGAUGGAGAAGGGGCUGGGCAACGGCACGCAUGCGGAGGCCACCGUGAAGAUGCUGCCCACCUACGUGUGCUCAACCCCGGAUGGCACAGAAAAAGGAGAUUUCCUGGCCCUGGACCUGGGAGGGACGAAUUUCCGUGUGCUGCUGGUCCGCGUGCGCAACGGGAUGAGGCGUGGCGUGGAGAUGCACAACAAGAUCUACUCCAUCCCUCUGGAGAUCAUGCAGGGGACUGGAGAGGAGCUCUUCGACCACAUCGUCCACUGCAUCUCCGACUUCCUGGAGUACAUGGGAAUGAAGGGGGUAUCGCUCCCGCUCGGAUUCACCUUCUCCUUCCCUUGCCAGCAGACCAACCUGGAUGAGGGGAUUCUUCUCAAGUGGACAAAGGGCUUCAAGGCCACCGGCUGUGAAGGGGAAGACGUGGUGGGCCUGCUGAAGGAGGCGAUUCACAGGCGCGAGGAAUUCGACCUGGAUGUGGUUGCCCUGGUAAACGACACCGUCGGCACCAUGAUGACCUGCGGGUACGAAGAUCCCUAUUGCGAAGUUGGCCUCAUAGUCGGCACGGGCAGCAACGCCUGCUACAUGGAGGAGAUGAGGAACGUGGAGCUGGUGGAAGGGGAGGAGGGCAGGAUGUGCGUGAAUAUGGAGUGGGGGGCGUUCGGCGACAACGGCUGCUUGGACGACGUGCGGACAGAGUUUGACUUGGCGGUGGAUGAGCUGUCCCUCAACCCCGGGAAGCAACGGUUUGAGAAGAUGAUCAGCGGGAUGUACCUGGGGGAGAUUGUUCGAAACAUCCUGAUGGAUUUUACCAAGCGAGGGCUGCUCUUCAGGGGACGCAUCUCAGAGAGGCUGAAGACCAGGGGCAUCUUUGAGACCAAGUUCCUGUCCCAGAUAGAAAGUGACCGCCUGGCCCUGCUCCAAGUGCGCUCCAUCCUCCAGCACCUCGGCCUGGAGAGCACGUGCGACGACAGCAUCAUCGUGAAGGAGGUCUGCACGGUGGUGGCCCGGCGGGCAGCGCAGCUCUGUGGGGCCGGCAUGGCCGCCGUGGUGGACAAGAUCCGGGAGAACCGCGGGCUGGACUUCCUCAAGGUCACGGUUGGCGUGGAUGGCACGCUCUACAAGCUGCAUCCUCACUUCUCCACGGUCAUGCACGAGACGGUGAAGCAGUUGUCCCCUAAGUGCGAAGUGACCUUCCUGCAGUCAGAAGACGGCAGCGGCAAGGGCGCCGCGCUCAUCACGGCCGUGGCCUGCCGCAUCCGCGAGGCCGGCCAGCGGUAGAAACGCUGCGGUUGGCCACGGGCUCGCGCUCGGCAGAGCAGAGGACGUUCCCCUUCCCGCGCCCGCUCCCCUCCUCGGUACCCACCUUGCACGCAGCCUCUCGGCUCGCCGGGACGCGGCUCCUGAGGCGCUGCCUCCUCUUCGGAGCUUGCCCGC